AUGACCUCGCGCAAACUCUUCAGUCGAUUGCGCAAGGCCGCGCCUCGAUCCUCGGAGCAUGCUCACCCUCCCUAUACCAACGGUCACGCUCACUCCGGCUCCCACUUUAGCGACACCACCCACGACGAAAGAGUCUUGCGUCGCACCGACACCAACCACUCCACCUCUGCUCUAUCUUCCGUCUCCACCUCUUCCCGCACGUCCAAGUUCUUCCGUCGUUUCGCAAGAUCCAAACCACCACCCGUCCCGUCACUCCCACCUGCGCUCGUGCUCGAUCUUGAUGCUGGACAUGCGCUUCCACGCACCUCCUCCACCACAACCCGCACUGGUGGCCAAGGAGGGCAACCAACAGCAGCAGCAGCAAUUAUCGCCCAAUCCAACGCAGCCUAUGCCUCGGCCAAACCAGCUCCCCUUCAACGGCGGGAAAUGCUGCAAGCCCUUACGAACGCACAUCUCGAUGUCGCACAAAUGCGUGACCUGGUGCGAAUGUGCGGGUUGCAGAUUCGAGAGCGCGGACUGGAUACACCCGGACUGUUCAGACCUUUUAGAAUAGCAGAGAGCGGGGAAAGCGUUCAACAUAUGCUUCAGCUCUUUCUGCUCUCGCUCGACACCUCGACCUAUAUCGCCGUCUUCCCCAUCCUCCCCGAGAACGCGCUGGAUAGGCUCGAACGAAGCUCCACCCGUCCACAAUCAGCUCAAGACAAAGCAAAGAUAGCCUGCGAAGAGCUCGAUAAAGAACUAAGAUACGCUUCGCCACACGAUAUCGUAUCAGUGCUAAAGUGGGGGUUGCGUCACAUGCGAUUGCAGUGUUCGGACUUCAACUGCAAAUCUUCCGACGAAUGGUACGAUUGCUUUUGCUCGCUUGAGCGUGAAUCACGAUAUCAACCUCGAGCGAUUGCGGAUUUCUUGCAUCCCAAACUACCACAAGCUACAGCAGAGUUGCUCAGCGAAACACUAGACUUGGUGGCAAGCGUAGCUGCGCAUAGCAGUAGCAAUCACAUGUCUGCCUCAGCUCUAUGCAAAAGCCUCGGCUUCUGGUUGCUCGGCAGAAUAGGCGUAGCUCACCCACCGCCCACAUUCGACGAGUUGAAAGAGACCGUGGAUAAGGCAAGUGCGAUGGUGGAACAUCUUUUGCUAGCUCACAUACGUUCUCAGGCCGCAGUGACGUAUGCUAUGCCACUACGCCUUACCGAGCUCGUUCAGAAAUAUCCUCAUAUCAAGCAAGGGUCAAGUACGCCGGGUUUGCCACCCGCAUUCGCAAGUAGACCAGUACCAACCUUGAGGAUAGAUUUGAAAUCGGAGAACAUCCUUGUUUCUCAAGCCAAACCUCGUGUGCCAAGCUCCACCCUGGCCGACGCACUGGAAGCUCAAGCAGCGGAUGGGAUUGAAGGGGAAGAAGGAGAGUUGUGGGGUCAGACCAUGUUGGCGAUGGAUUCCGAUAUCGGAGAGGGAACUGGGAGGGGGUAUGAACUGUUGAUUGACGAACAUGUUAGGAUUUUGCGAAAGGUAGACGAAGCAAUCGCACUCAACACCGAGAAACACUCAGGUCUAAGUGAUGCAGCGACCGCCGCCGCUACCCUAGCUGAAACCAAAGCUAACCGUCGAAGAUCGCAAUCGCUCUCCGACCUGCGCAAUCCUUAUUUGCCCACGCCCGCAAACCGACCUCUCUUCCCUCUACCCGAAUCAGGAACAUCAUCUCCAGCAAAAGGAUCCACACCAAAACGUAAAGCAGUCCCAUUCGCAAACCUCUCUUCCGAAGCUCUCGAAGAAACCCCCGACCAUCCCCCACCCCCUCUCCCUUCCAACCAGGAUUUCUUCAACGGAGGUCUGCAACCGUCGCAAUCCUGGCGUUCAUUCUCAGAAACAGGAUUUGGAAUCAUGUCUACCGCCUCUUCCGACCUCUCUCUUACCCAACUACAUCUCCGCCCCACCCAUCCGUCGCUUCCGACUCGACGCAGUCCGAGAGGGGCACUACACCGUGUUCGAUCGACCACCUCGAACGGAUAUCGUCGUAAAACCGCUUUCCCCCUCCCACCCGCUCAUACCGGGAUCGAGGGUGUAGGAGUGAAGAAGAUCAACACGGUAACAAAAGCAACAAUGGUAGAGAUGGAUACGAGUUUUGCGAUAUUAUGGCAGGACCAGUUAUUGGAUUCUAGUCCAUGUGCCUCUUUCCCUAGUUUGGUGUUUGUUCAAUUGAAUAGCCACACAGCUACCUGUUUGAGGCAGAAAGAAAGAGAACAUAUCUGGUUGCUUAUAGUGGAGAAUGUUGUUCCGCCUCGACCUCCCACUCCACCGAAUUCGGGUGGUGGAAAGGCUGGAAAGGGUGGAAAGGGUGGAUGGGAUGCAGAUUCACAAUGGGCUGAAAGGAGGAGUGUUUUUGGUGCACAAAGCAUCAAGUCUGUUCGAAUGCGACUCAGACGAGUCAGCACUGUCAUCGGAAACGGCGUUAGUGGAAGGAAUAGAAAGCAACAGCAGUUGGAAACGGUAGAGGGUGAGAUAGCAACUGCUACUUGA